AUGGAUAACGGCGAAUUAGCGGGCGUGCAUGCCCCUCGCCAUGUUCCUUUGGAGUGCGCCUUUCCCGGAUCACCAUGGGCCCUUGCUAUCCAGGGAAAAUUCUAUCAGAAUGAGGGGCUGAGGAACAAAAAUGAGAAAAGGGAUAGCUUCAGGCCAAGCUUUUCUUCAAGCGCACUGAGAAAACGGGUCAUCUAUGUACGGUUAUACCGUGCUUCCAUUCCUCGGGAUUCUCAAGAUACUCGUGUAUCGCAAGCGAGUGGAGGGCAAGCUCCGGAUAGAAGUCCACAACAGAUGUGGUGUGCAAGGGAACGAUUAUCUGUUCACAAUAUGCUAGUGAUGCCAACGUAUCGCGAGUUUGAGCGCUUUUUGCAUCCAACAAUACAGCGAACAGGCCCGUUGAACAGCACAUCUGAUGCAUCCAUUCCGAGGUCAAUGCACCACAUGCAGGACACGCCCCCAAACUCUACAGUUUCCAUGGAAAGGAGAAUAAUAUUAGAUUUCACUGCACCAUCUCAGCCCGUUUAG